AUGAACCACUUUGACAGAACAGAAAGCUGCAUCUCAACCUGCAACCGCGGCUGCACUGCAACAUGGCUGUGGGCUUUGCUUCCUGUCUGCCUGGCUGUUUUUGGCACUGUGGGCAUCUGGACUGUGUUUGCUGUAUCUGUGACGAACGGAUCAGUCAACCUCACAGAAGGAUUCCCUUACAUCAGCUACUGUGGUACUUUUCACCCUCAGAGCUGCCUCUUCUCCCAGAUCUGCAACAUCUGCUGUGUCUCAGCUCUGUGGGUUGUGGUGAUCCGUUUCCAGCAGGUUAUAGACUAUGGUCAUCAUGGAAAGGCCAACAUAGUCAGCAUCGUUUUGGGGUUCAUCUCUGCCAUAGGUAUCUCCCUCCUUGGUAACUUCCAGCAAUCGGUUGUAAGGAUUGUUCACCUGUUAGGAGCGUUCGUGGCGUUCUUCGUUGGCCUGGCCUACUUCUGGGUGCAGCUGUUUCUGACCUACAGAGCUCCGCCGUCUCAGGACCGAUGUUGGGUCGUGCCUGCCAGGGCGACCUGCUGCAUCCUUUGCACCGCUCUGGUCGUCGCUAUGAUCGUUUUCGCCAACACGGGCUCUCCCUCUGAGUCUGCUGUGUGCGAGUGGGCCUUGGUCAUGGUCUUUUUCUGCCUGUUUGGCCUUUUUGCAGCUGAGUUCAGACACAUUGACUGCCACCGCCUCACUGUGCAGAAACAAGCCCUCAGGGAUGACAGCAGCCCUGCCUCGAUAGAAAUUAACGGUUAUGUCGUAAAUACACUUAGCUGAAAAGACACAUGUAAAAUAACAUAUAAGUGCCUGUGGUUUAACAAAACAACAAUCUUUUUGGGCUCUACCUACAGUUGCCGUAUUGGUAUUUAAUGCAGGUUCAGUGCCUGAUAUUACUAUCCUGUAUAUUAUAUUUUUGUAUGAGCUAUUUUAAAAGAUGCAAUAAUAUCAGCUUUGUUUGAUAGCAGUAUAUUUAGAUUUUUUUAAGAAAAGCUGCAUUUUGAUAUUUUAAUAAUGAUAGGAAAUAGGCU